CAAUGAAGAAAUAAAUUGCUGAAUAAAUAUGUAAAGCAUAACAAUGUGAAUGGAAUUUCAAUCAAUAAAAACUGUAGAAGUAAGAUGAAAUGUACUGACAAAAAAAAUGCUUUUAGGUUUCUGUUAAGAGUCUCUUCCUUCUUUCACAUCACUUUUUAAGUAGUUUUAGCCAGCACAAAGGAAAAAGCUCUGAUCUCCACAAAAUACGUUUAUUGGAGCGCAUUACGAAGAUUUUAAAACCGAAAGAAAUCAACUGUUACAGGCAUCAAACAGUCAAGUUCAGUCUUCCAGGAUGAACGUGACACACGGCAACUGCAGCGACCCGUCAGAAGAGUACCAGUACUACUUCUUCCCCACCGUCUACGUCGUCGCCCUGCUGGUGGGCCUGCCGGGGAACCUGGCCGCCCUCUACGUCUUCACCUUCAGGAUCACGCCCCGCACGGCGUUCAGCGUCUACAUCCGGAACCUGGCGCUGGCCGACGUCAUCAUCCUCUGCGUCCUGCCCUUCCGGAUCCACUACCACCUCAACGGGAACGACUGGGUGUUCGCCGGCGUCACGUGCAGCGUCACGGGGAUCCUGUUCUUCGCCAACAUCUACCUGAGCAUCUGCUUCAUGACCUGCAUCUGCGUGGACCGCUACAUGGCCACGGUGCACCCGCACACCUACCUGAGGCUCAGGAGCCCCUGGUGCUCCCUGCUCGUGUCGGCGGCGCUCUGGUGCACGGCCGCCGUCGCCAUCCUGGUCUUUAUCCUCAUGGGGCCCCUGGAAACGGAAGUGGACAGGCACGGCCGCCGCAGGUGCUUCGAGAACUUUGCCAAGAAGGAGUGGAAGAAGCGUCUGGGCCAGUACAGCAUCAUGGGCCUGUUCUUCUGCUCCCUGCUGCCGUCCGUCAUCAUCCUGGUGUGCUACCCGCUGGCGGCGCGCCGCAUCGCCAUGAUCCGGACCAGAGCGGCCCAGAAGGCCGUGAGGGUCAUCUACACCAUCCUGGCCAUCACGGUGCUCUGCUUCCUGCCCAACCACGUCGUCUACCUGCUGCAAGUCCUCCGGCGGAAGGACGUCAUCCAGGACUGCUCGUCCGCCGCCAACGCCAUCCACGUCGCCCGGCGGGUGACCAUGGCCCUCGUCGUCCUCAACACGUGUCUGGACCCCGUGCUGUACUUCGUCACCACCAGCCACUGCGACUGGAAGAAAGUGAAGACGACGUGGAUAUGGGGAAUGGUCACCAGGAGACGAGACGUUUAUACAAUUACAGUGAGAUGAGGAGAAAGACAACACACACACAGACUCGAAAUGUUGUAAACAUCACUGUUUAUAUAUUUCAUUAUCAGUUGAUGAGGUGGCAACUCUUUGGACGUUCCCAUUCAUUUACCAACAAACUGUUCAACGUCUGAAACACUGCUGGUAGAAACUGCAGAAGCCUUUGUGGUGCGGAAAAAAAUGAAAGAAAGAGAAAGAGCAGCUUUUUAGAUGAACAAGUCAUAAAAACACAAAGACAAUAACUUCAUAUAUACCUCUUCAGUUGCAUUGCAGGUAUCAUUUUCACCUGAUAUCCUGCAUUCUGACCCAGAUCACAUUAGGAACUCUGAGGUAUUUGGAUCAAAACCUGCUUUCAGUUCCCAGAGUCAGAAACAAACAGCUAGAAGCUGAUUUUAGUUUUUAUACAACAAAUAUUUAGAACGAAUUACCACAAAAAGUGCAGGAGCGCUCAACACUGGGUUCAAAAACUAAAGUUUACUGUGCGUUCAUUCUGGUGCUGUGUUUCUUUAACUCUUCUAUUGCAUUUACUUUUUGUUCAGUUUCAUUCCUGUUUUUGUUUUUAAUCAUUCUUUUAUGUUUGUUAUCUUAAAGCACUUUUUAUUGCCUUGUUGCUGAAAUGACACAAAUAAAGUGGCCUUGGAUUUAAUAACUGUUUGAGACUCCUUCGCGAACAAAAGCUUCUGAUUAGACCU